AGUUUGACGUUUCUAAUGUGGGUGUUGUAUUUUCUUGCAUUGUUGUUUUCGACACAUAUUUUUCUGAUAAAAAUAGUGAAUCAGCGUCGGCAUUAUUAAAAAUAUAACUAAAUAAAGUCAAUUUAAAACAAUUUAUUACUACCGUUAUAUAGAAAACAAAAGUAAACAUAAUGGCCGCCACAUUAAAGCCUUAUUUAACAGCUGUGCGUCAUUCACUGACCGCUGCUAUGUGUUUACAAGAUUUCCCUUCGCAAGUCGUGGAGCGCCACAAUAAGCCCGAAGUUGAAGUUUGCUCCAGCAAGGAAUUAGUAUUAACACCAGUCGUGAUUUCACGGAACGAACGUGAGCGAGUGCUAAUCGAGCCCUCCAUCAAUUCGGUGCGUGUUAGCAUUGCCGUGAAACAAGCAGAUGAAAUCGAGAAAAUCCUGUGCCAUAAAUUUACACGCUUUAUGAUGCGCCGUGCAGAGUCGUUCAUAAUUUUGCGCCGCAAACCAAUCGAUGGCUAUGACAUUAGUUUUCUCAUCACCAAUUUUCACACUGAGCAAAUGUAUAAGCACAAAUUGGUGGAUUUCGUUAUCAGCUUUAUGGAGGAAAUUGAUAAGGAAAUCAGCGAGAUGAAAUUAGCUGUAAACGCGCGUGCACGUACCUGUGCAGAGGAGUUUCUAAAGCGUUUCUAAGCAUAUAAGUUAAAUUAUGUAUUGUAUGGAGACAAACGAGGUGCACGCUAAGCAGGCCAGCAAAUAAAGUAUUCAGCAUUUUUAUUACCAAAA